AUGAACAACUUCGCAUCUUCGGACAUCGCCACCAUGGCCGAGACACAGUCGAGGUCCUCCUCUUCCACCACCACCAACGGAAACCAGCAAACCUCCUCCGCAGCCACUGAAAAUGAACAAACCCUCCUCCAAGACGAAUCCCUCCCCUGGACCCCAACAACUCCCACCUCUCCGCAAAUCGACAUCCCCCUCUCCAAAACUUCAGCGUCGAACGACUCACCCCACUCAACAUCGCCCUCAUCUCCAGACACCCUCUUCUCCAUCCUCGAAGAGCUCCACUCCACCUCCACAACCCCACCAACCCUCCUCCGCCCCGCCACCGUCCGCGCAGUCUUUCUCAGCCUGCAAGAAGCCCGUCGGGAGAUGAAGCGGCUCGUCUACGGGCGUCGAGAGCAACCUGCCGCGAGGAAGGUGUGUGUGGAGGAGAUUUUUCGAGAGGAGGUCUGCGUGGGUGAGGGGUAUGAGUAUCAUUUGGGGAGGAGUUGGAGGUUGAGGACGUUGUGGGUGCAGGAGGGGGUUGUCGGGACGGAUUUGGUGGUUGGCGGGGGAGGAUGGGGAGAGUGGGAGUAG